GUACUAUAAAAGUGCCCAUGCACACACCCAUUCAGUCCUUCUUCUCGCUACUACAGUAUACAUAAUCCAUUACAAAGUCCUAGUUAAUCAUGAAGACUCUGACCAGUUCCGCUGCGAUUGUCUUGGCAUCCAGCCUGGCUAUCCAGGUCCUUUCCCUAUCCCCGUCUCCAGUCCUCGAUGCUCGCGAGCCUGAUAUAUCUUAUGGCCCUCAACCAUGCCACCCAGAUCCGGUAAAUGAAAUGGCAUGCAUUUGCAGUGACGGAACUUGCUGGGAAGCCACGAACAACGAAAACAUUUGCGAUCCCACUUCGGAAGUCCAGUUUCCACUGUGUCCUACGCGGGACGAAAUCGUGGAUAUUUAGGGAAUUUUUACCUAGCGUUCUGGCGAAGUGAACUCUAUGAUAGCGAUGUGCGAGAUAGAGAAACUGAGUAGGUAGAUAGGGUACCUAUUCGAGAGUUUGGCUUCCAACGUAGGUAGUUUUUCCUAGCGGGUCAAUUAUAACGUAUUUGUCAGGUGUAAGCCACUUUAGAUGUUCUUGAUAGUUGUUAGAAACAUG